CAUCUAGUUGUCUAGUAUUCGUUGCAGAGAGUGUUUGGUUGCUGAGAAAAUCAAAAUUCAUACUUACAGCCACAAAAUUAUGUCUCAUCUUAGAGCUGGUGAUAGCCUCUCCUCAGCCAGUACUGACGCACCAUUUUUGGGGCCAAGAGACCCCAUGGCCAUUGAGCUUCAACAAGUCACUGGCAGUGGCGGGAACGAUGCUGGCAAUGGCAGCUCGUUGGUCCACCAAGUCAUCGAGCUCCCCCGGCCCACUUCGUUUCCUUUCGUUCUCUCUUUCAGUAAACUCACUUACAGUGUGAAACUUCGGCGGAAUAUAACUCUGCCGGGCUGUUUCAGGAUGAAGAGCCAGCACGACUCGCAGGAAACUAUGGCUAACACAAAGGUUUUGCUGAAUGACGUCUCCGGCGAGGCCAGAGAAGGCGAGAUCAUGGGGGUUCUCGGCGCCAGUGGGUCGGGGAAAUCGACGUUGAUCGACGCACUGGCCAACCGAAUCGCCGGGGAAAGUUUGAAAGGAACCGUCACUUUGAAUGGCGAAUUUUGGGAGCCGAAGCUCCUGAAAGCAAUAUCAGCUUACGUAAUGCAAGAAGACUUGUUGUUUCCGAUGUUGACAGUGGAAGAAACUCUCCUGUUCGCCGCCGAGUUCCGGCUGCCUAGAACUCUCCCGGCGGCCAAGAAGAAAGCAAGAGUUCAGGCUCUGAUCGAUCAGCUAGGGCUGCGAAGCGCGGCCCAGACGGUGAUCGGAGACGAAGGCCACAGAGGAGUUUCAGGUGGCGAACGGCGGCGAGUCUCGAUCGGAGCCGACAUAAUUCACGACCCCGUUGUCCUCUUCCUCGACGAGCCGACGUCGGGACUGGACUCGACCAGUGCGUUCAUGGUGGUGAAGGUCUUGCAAAGGAUCGCUCAUAGUGGAAGCAUCGUCUUCAUGUCCAUUCACCAACCGAGUAACAGAAUUCUCAACCUUAUCGACCGCCUCAUCUUUCUCUCACGCGGUGAGGCCGUUUUCAACGGCUCGCCGGCGAGUCUUCCGGCCUUCUUCUCCGAGUUCGGGCGCCCGAUUCUCGCGAACGAGAGCUGGACCGAGUUCGCUUUUGAUCUGAUUCAAGAGCUCGAAGCUUCAUCCGGCGCCGGAAUCAAAACCUUGGUAGAUUUCAACAAUUCAUGGCGAAUAAAGACAACUAAUUUCCAGAUUGAAUCAGCAGAUUUAGAGCUCUCUCUAAAAGACGCCAUAAAAUCGCGGAUUUCAAGAGGAAAGCUAGUCUCCGAUCAAACCAUCGCAACCUUCGCGAACCCUAAUUGGAUCGAAGUGCUGGUACUAGCCAGAAGAUCGAUGAUAAACUCAAUCAGGACGCCGGAGGUCGUAGGAAUCCGCUUAGGCGCCAUCGUCGUCACCGGAUUCAUCUUGGCCACUAUCUUCUGGCGGCUAGACAACUCUCCGAAAGGCGUCCAGGAAAGAAUCGGAUUCUUCUCGUUCGCCAUGACCUCCACCUUCUACUCUUGCUCCGAAGCCCUACCAGUCUUCCUCAUGGAGCGAUACAUCUUUAUGAGAGAGACAGCAUACAACGCUUAUCGCCGUUCUUCCUACGUUCUCUCCCACUCCAUAACCUCAAUCCCAACGAUCCUCUUCCUCUCAUUCACAUUCGCAGUGAUAACCUUCUGGCCCGUCGGAUUAUCCGGCGGCUUCUCCGGCUUCCUCUUCUUCUUCUCUCUCCUCGUGGCCUCCUUCUGGGCCGGAAACUCCUUCGUCACCUUCCUCUCCGCCAUCGUCUCUCACGUCAUGAUCGGCUACACCGUCGUCGUCGCCAUCUUAGCCUACUUCCUCCUCUUCAGCGGUUUCUUCAUCACCCGGAACCGAAUCCCGCCCUACUGGAUCUGGUUCCACUACGCAUCCUUGGUGAAGUACCCAUAUGAGGGGGCCCUGCAGAACGAGCUGGAAGAUUCGGCGAAAUGCUUCGUUAAGGGCGUCCAGAUCUUCGACAACUCGCCGAUGGCCGGGGUUCCGGCGCCGGUGAAGCUGAAGCUGCUGAAGAGCAUGAGCGGUGUUCUGGGAGUGGAGAUUUCGAGCUCGACGUGUUUCACGACUGGGCCGGACAUACUGAAGAAUCAAGGGGUGACUGAUUUAAGCAGAUGGAGCUGCUUGUGGAUUACUGUGGGUUUAGGGUUCCUGUUCAGAAUCCUCUUCUACUUUGCGUUGCUCUUCGGAAGCAAGAACAAGAGGCGGUGAGAAAGUAUUUUCUUUCCUUUCCCGAGAAAAUCUCAAUGCAGCAAAUCAUUUGCUGCCACGUGUUUGUGGUAGAGUUAUAUUCAUAAAUGCUAAUUAUAUAAAAGUAAUGGUUGAAA